GAGUUCUUCUUAGGAAACAUAUGCUUUAGUCAUCUUUCACCCUUUUUCCCUUCUCUCUUUGUUCUCUCUCAUGCCUUUGUUUAUUCUAAUGAAGUCGUGAGCAGUGUGGACGAAGAGAAGAGAAGAGAAGAUAAUAUGCACAAAACGAAACUAAGAGACACAAAACAACAUGACUUGGUGCAAUGACCGUAGCGAUGUUCAGACCGUUGAAAGAAUCAUUCCCUCACCGGCAGCGGCUGAUUCUCCUGCAGCCUCAUUUCCGGUCUCAUGUCACAAAACUUGUCCUUCUUGUGGCCAUAACUUCAAGUUUCAUGAACAGGCGGGUAUCCAUGACUUGCCGGGAUUGCCUGCCGGGGUGAAGUUUGAUCCGACGGAUCAAGAGGUUCUGGAGCAUCUUGAAGGGAAGGUAAGAGACGACGCAAGAAAGCUUCAUCCUCUCAUCGAUGAGUUUAUUCGUACCAUCGAUGGUGAAAAUGGCAUCUGUUAUACCCAUCCUGAGAAACUGCCAGGAGUGACCAAGGACGGGACGCUCCGUCAUUUCUUCCACCGACCGUCAAAGGCAUACACAACGGGAACAAGAAAGCGACGUAAAGUCCACACCGAUUCCGAAGUCGCUGGCGAAACACGGUGGCACAAGACCGGCAAAACACGGCCAGUUCUCGCCGGAGGAAGAGUGAGAGGCUACAAGAAAAUCCUAGUGCUCUACACAAACUACGGCAAACAAAAGAAACCCGAGAAGACUAAUUGGGUAAUGCAUCAAUAUCAUCUUGGCACCAACGAGGAAGAGAAAGAAGGCGAGCUCGUCGUCUCCAAAGUCUUCUACCAGACUCAACCACGCCAAUGCGGUGGCUCGGUUGCUGCCGCAGCCACUGCAAAGGAGCGGCCUUAUCUCCAUGGCCAUCACCUUGGUGGUGGUGGUGGUCGCCACCUUCAUUACCAUCUUCAUCAUAAUAACGGUAAGUUUAAGAGCAAUGGUGGUGAAGGAUCCGGUGAGUAUUAUAACAAUAUUCCGGCGAUUAUCUCGUUUAACCAGACCGGGAUACAGAACCAUUUGGUUCAUGGCUCUCAACCUUUUAUCCCUUGAAAAUUGAGAAUAGUUUUUUACAUGCAUGGACGGUCGUCAAAUAAGAGAAAUGGUAUAUAAUCUAAGCAUUAUAUAUUACAUUAAUACAUAUAUACAUUGAAAAUAAUUUAAAUUUACAGUGUAAUCUUAUAUACGUAACAUUUUUUGGUCCAUUUUUUUCCCUUUUUUGAUUAUACUGCUUUGUACAAUUUUAAUUCCUUGGACU